AUGUUGGAACCAAAUGAAACCUAUACGGUGAAUCUAAGCAUGACGCUUCGAAAAGCAGAUAGCAAUAUUGCUAAUUAUAUUGUUGUAGGGGAUGUCAGCCAGUUACCGUGGCUGGGGUCCGAGUUCACCUCAACCUCAGCCGACCGAUCAACAUUGUCGCUGGCACAAGACCCCCCAUCUAUCUAUGACAUCCUCCAGGAAGACCGAACAAUGGAGAAGACUUUGACCUCAUUCUACAUGCCCAGGGAUGCAGUAAAGGCUAUUCAUAUCACAAGUAAAACUACAACAAGAGAAGUGAUUGUAGCACUACUGAGAAAGUUCAAAGUUGUUGACAAUCCACAAAAGUUUGCCCUUUAUGAGCGGAAUAUCGACUCAACACAGUCAGGAAAAGCAAGGCUUCGGAGGCUGGGGGAUGGUGAGUGCCCGCUAGUCCUGGCACUUAACUGGAGUGCCGGAGGCCUGACCAACAAGCGCCUAGUCUUGCAGGAGAAUGACACUGCAGACAUACAGGUAAGAUGCAACAGCUAGCAUAGUUCCAGAUGUUUAUGAAAAAUAAACAAAAAAAA